AUGAGUUCAACAAAUAGAUCACCACCACCUCAAUCAUCAACCAAUAGGACUAAUAGUGGACCACCACAACAACCACCUAUGUUUAAUAAAUUUUUAAUUUAUUCUUGGUUGGUCGCACAAUCAGCAACCACAUUAUUUACAUUAUCAUAUUUAUUCAUAGGAAAUCCAAACUUUUAUUAUAGAUCAUUACUCGCAGCGGCCAUUGCAUACAUUAUACCAAUUUUUAAAUCAAACGAAGGAAAAAAACCAACUAAAGAGUUAGCAAUGCAAAUAUUGCAAAAUGAAAACGCCCAAUUAGUUCUUUACUGCAUUAUUUUUUACUUUUUAGCAACUCCAUCAUUAAUUUAUUUAGUACCAAAUUUCAUAUAUUCGUUCUAUCAUCUUUUAAACAAAAUCAUACCAUUAACUGGUAGAGUUCCAUUCGUUCAAAGCCUCUUACAGAAAUUAAAAUCACAACAAGAAAAAGCACGUGGUCUCGCAGUAUCACUCGAAAUAAACAUUUUUAUAUUUUUAAUUAUCAGUAUUUUCACCACUGGUCUUUACGGUAUCAUUAUCGUUAUGGUUUAUUUCCGUUAUCUUAAAAUCCGUUAUGUAUACAACGCAUCCAUCAAACAAAGAAUAGCCGAACUUGAUAUGGCAGUCAAUCAAAUUCAAGCCCAUCCAAAUUGCCCAGGCUUUAUAAGAAAUUUAAUUCCAAAAAUCAGAUAUUAUAUUUCAAUCUAUAUCUUUAAUUUAAAGUAUUAUUCUUUCGAACCAUUAUUCAAAAACGAUCUUCCACCUUUUAUAAAUUCACUCACUUUCGAAUAUCUUUUCAAUCAAAAGAUAUACCCAAAUUUAUUACCCGCCUCAAUUCAAACACUUAGGUUCAUGGGAAAUUAUAAUAUGGAGCUAGAAAUUGGUACAAUUCCUCAAAGUGUUAUCAAUUUAGAAUUUGGUUACUUUUUCGAUCAAUCAAUUAAUAAAAUUGGUUUAAUCCCGCCAUCAGUAAAAAAAUUGAUAUUUGGAAGUUGUUUUAAUCAAAAGAUCACAAUCGUGGGUGCUAUUCCACCAUCAGUAGAAGAGUUAAGUUUAGGCACCAAUUACAAUCACGAAUUAUCCAAAGGUAUAAUCCCAUCGUCAGUUAUUUUUUUGAAACUACCCACAAACUAUAGUAAACCCAUCAACCAAGGUGACCUACCAGAUUCCAUUGUAACUUUAGUAUUACCAAAUGAUUAUAACCAUCCUCUUACAUUAGAGAUUUUACCAAAAUCACUUAAAACCAUUAAAUACAAUAAAGAAACCUAUACCCAAUUCGAAGACAUAGCCCAAUUUAUUACCAAUUUCAAUAAAUCAACUAAAUAA